AGGAACCCACGUGUGCAGCUAGCAGGAGGAAGCACUAAGCAGCAGGGAGAUUCAGCCUUUAGUUGUUAUACAUACCUGACACAUAUCUUCUUUUCCUAAACUAUUUAGCUUUAUUACGCCGGACGACUUUCGCCAUAAUGUCUUCGUUCAGGAAAGCGUUGAAGUCCCGACAGAAAAACCACCAUGAAAGAUCUCAGCCUGGUUUCAGGAAACAUUUGGGAUUGCUGGAGAAGAAAAAGGACUACAAACUCCGUGCAGUUGAUUACCACAAGAAACAAAACACUCUUUCUGCUCUGCGAAAGAAAGCUCUGGAUAAGAACCCAGAUGAGUUUUACUACAAAAUGAUCAACACCCAGCUGAAGGAUGGAAUUCAUGUAGCAAAAAAAGAAGGUGAGGAGGACGAGAUAACAGAGGAGCAGAAGAAAGUGAUGAGGACGCAGGAUAUCAAAUAUGUGGAGAUGAAAAGGGUGGCAGAGGCCAGGAAAAUUGAGAGGAUGAAAGGAGAGCUCCAUAUUCUGGAGGCAGACGGCAAACAGAAAAACCAUCAUACAUUCUUUGUGGAUUCCAAGAAAGAAGUGCAGUCAUUCGAUCUGGCAAACCACCUCAACACUGUCCCUGAGCUGGUGGACAGAGUGUUCAACAGACCAACUCUGAAAACUCUGGAGACAAAGAGCAUCCAGGGAGCUGUAGAGCCUCGCACUAUGAUGAAGUUGGCCAAGCUGAGGAAUCACCAGUACAAGAUCCUUUCCCAGAGGAUAGACAGAGAAAAGAAAAUGUUUGUGAUCGGCCAGAAGAUUCAGACCCGCAAGGACCUACAGGAUAAGAACAAGAAAGUGAAGGUAAAAAAGGAGACUCACAGUGCUGCAGCUAUCUACAAGUUUGAUGUCAAGAGGAAGCGCUGAGUGGGAUGUUCUCGUCAUGCUGAGAAGAAAUCACCAACUUUGCCGAUCUGAUAUUGGUGAAAUAGUGGACUUCGAGAUCACACCAUAGACAUGGGAGCAUUUUUAUUUCCUUAAAAGAUGUUGCAGCAAUGCAGUUUUGUAAAUAUUUAUCUACAACUUUUAGUUUCUUUCAAAUAAAUAUCAAAAGAACAUACA